AUGUCUGGAAAAGGAAAGGGCGGACGCGGAAAGAAGAGCACCUCCAAGUCCUCGAAGGCCGGGCUGCAGUUCCCGGUGGCGCGUAUCGGUCGGUACCUCAAGAGGGGGAAGUACGCGACCAGGGUGGGCGCGGGCGCUCCCGUCUACCUGGCCGCUGUGCUCGAAUACCUGACCGCCGAGGUGCUUGAGCUGGCGGGCAACGCCGCCCGUGACAACAAGAAGGCCCGCAUCAUCCCCCGCCACAUUCAGCUGGCCGUCCGCAACGACGAGGAGCUCAACAAGCUGCUUGGCGAGGUGACCAUCGCUUCCGGCGGCGUGCUCCCCAACAUCCACGCGGUGCUCCUACCGAAGAAGUCCAGUGUCGGCGGCAAGGCCAAGGCGUCGGCAUCCGCUUCGCAGGACUAUUAA